AUGCCUCAAUAUCGCAUCGAACUUUCUGGCAACAACCGUGCCGGAUGCAAGGACGGUGUGUGCAAAAAGGCUGCCAUCAAGAUCACCAAGGGCGAGUUAAGAUUCGGCACCUGGGUUGAGAUUGAUACCCAUGGCAGCUGGUCGUGGAAGCAUUGGGGAUGCGUGUCGGGCGAGCAGAUGCAGCGCCUGCACGAGCAAUGCGACAAGGGCGAUGGCAAGUGGGACUUUGAUGAGAUUGAUGGCUACGAUGAGUUGGCGCAAAACUCUGAGGUGCAGGAAAAAGUUCGUCGCUGCGUGAAGCAGGCGCACAUUGAUCCCGAAGACUUCAAGGGAGAUCCUGAGAAGAAUAAACCAGGUGAAAAGGGCAUCCGUCUCAGCGCCAAGGAGAAGGCUGCCCUUGAAAAGACUGACGAGGAUGAGCCAAAGACCAAGAAGCGAGGCCGAGACAGCAAGGCCAAGGGUAAAAAGGUCAAGGCCGAGGAGGAGGAUGAAGGCGAGCCGCCUGCCAAAAAGACCAAAGCCCCUGCAAAGAAAGGCAAGCAGAUCAAGGCAGAGGACGACGAGGAAGACGACGCGCCCAUUACCAAAGCCAACGUCGGUCGCGGCAGAAAGGCCAAGGCUGUGAAAGAAGAGGAAGACAACGAGGUUCCUGCUAAAAAGACCAAGGCUGCUCCUAAGUCCGCCAAGUCUAAGCAGGCCGACCAGAAGGAAGAGGAGGAGGAUGCUCUCUCCAAGAAAGCGAAGGCUACGACGAAGACAGCUUCGAAAGCUAGGAAGCCUAAGCAGGUUGGUGAGGAGGAAGAUAACGAGGACGAUGCUCCGCCUGCCAAAAGAGCUCAGGCCGCUACUAAGCCAAGAAAAUCAACUCAGGCCGCUGCGGACGAAGACGACGAAGACGAGGCUCCUUCUGCGAAAAAGACCAGAGCUGCUCCUAGACUCAGAAGAUCUACCCAGGCCGCUGAGGAGAAUGAUGAUGAGGCGGAAGCUCCCCCCGCUAAAGGGGCCAAGGCUGCGCGCAAAACCAGAAAGUCUACCAAGGCUACUGAGGAGGAAGAUGACGAUGAGGAGGAGGCGCCUCCUGCCAAGAAGGCGAAGACUACUCCCAAAGCUGCAUCAAAGUCGGCGCCCAAGGCCAAAAAGCCCGAGGCCGGUGAAGAUGAGGUUGAGGACAAGCAAGAAGAUGAAGAGGAGAAGCCCAAGCCCAGGCGCCGCGGUCGACCUUCCAAAGUAUGA